AUGCAAUCAGCCAUAGAAAAGCUUCGUAAAUAUCGCGAAGAGAAUUAUCGUUCUCACGAUGAAGUGAUUGAAUUAUGGAAAACAGUCUUAUCAAAACACAAUCUCUCAUCAUUGGGCGAUGAAAAAUGGUUAGUACUUGAACAAGUAUUUAAGUGUGCAUUGCAUUGUUCUCAACAAUCGAUUGCCUUUGAAUGUCUUGAGCAAUUAAAAAAAGAAUUUAAAUCGACAAGUCAUCGUGUAUCUGUAUUAAACGCAAUGUAUGAUGAAUCGAUAGGUGACUACGAAAAAGCUGAACAAGUUUAUUCAACAUUAUUAAAGGAUAAUGAAACAGAUGCAACUAUACAUAAAAGAAAAAUAUGUCUUUUAAAAGAACAAAAUAAAAUACGCGAUGCAAUCAAUGAAUUAAAUACAUAUUUAGAACUUUAUCAAGUUGAUCAAGAAGCAUGGGGUGAAUUAUGCGAACUUUAUUUAUUGGAACAUGAUUAUGCAAAAGCUGCAUUUUGUGCUGAAGAACUCAUACUGAUCAAUCCACACAAUCAUUUAAAUCAUGAACGUUAUGCAUCAAUUUGUUAUUCCUACGAUAAAUAUGAAUUUGCACGAGCCUAUUAUUUUAGUACAAUUAAAUUUAAUCCAAAUAAUAUGCGAGCGUUGUAUGGAAUUUUAUUAACGUCGGCAAAUAUGAAAUCACGAAGUGCAAAUGAAAAUAGCAAUAAAAUAAUUAAGGAACAAAUUUUACAAAAAUAUAAAGAAUCGAUGCCUGAUCUUCUUCCAUUUGUUGAAAAGACAUUACAAAAUUUGAUUUCAUCAUAA